AUGUCGAGUUUGCGAGGUAUUGAAGAUGGUUCACUGCCACUUUACAAAUGCAUCUGUGCUGGACAGGUCAUCGCAGGAGAAGUUGUGAAGAUCGUUCUCUUGCACAACUACGGACCUGGAGAGACCAUCUCAAAGAGUUCUGCUCCUGCGGAAGCAGUCGACAACUUGUUGGUCUUACUACAUGAUGUCUAG